AUGUCUUUAAAAAAAAUUAAAAAUUUUUCAAUCAAUUUUGGACCGCAACAUCCUGCGGCACAUGGUGUAUUACGUUUAAUUUUAGAAUUAAAUGGUGAAAUUGUACAAAAAGCAGAUCCACACAUAGGUUUAUUACAUCGUGGUACUGAAAAAUUAAUCGAAUAUAAAAAUUAUUUACAAGCACUACCUUAUUUUGAUCGUUUAGAUUAUGUAUCUAUGAUGUCUCAAGAACAUGCUUAUGUAUUAGCUGUUGAAAAAUUAUUAAAUUGUAAUAUUCCUUUAAGAGCAAAAUAUAUUCGCGUUUUAUUUUCAGAAAUUACUAGAAUUUUAAAUCAUUUAUUAGCAAUUACUUGUCAUGCGUUAGACGUAGGUGCUAUGACUCCUUUUUUUUGGGGAUUUGAAGAACGUGAAAAAUUAAUGGAAUUUUAUGAAAGAGUUUCUGGAGCUCGUAUGCACUCUAGUUAUUUUAGACCAGGAGGUGUUCAUCAAGAUUUACCUUUAGGUUUACUAAAUGAUAUUUUUAUUUUUUGUAAUCAAUUUCCAACAAGAUUAGAUGAAUUUGAAGAAAUGUUAACUGGAAAUCGUAUUUGGAAACAACGUUUAGUAGAUAUUGGUAUUGUUAAAGCAAAAGAUGCUUUAGAUUUAGGUUUUAGUGGUGUUAUGUUAAGAGGUUCAGGAAUUUCUUGGGAUUUACGUAAAACCCAACCAUAUGAAAUUUAUGAUCAAUUAGAUUUUUCAAUACCUAUAGGUACUAAUGGUGAUUGUUAUGAUCGUUAUUUAAUUCGUAUUGAAGAAAUGCGACAAUCUAUAAAUAUUAUUUUACAAACUUUAAAUCAAAUGCCUGAAGGUCCUAUUAAAAUAGAUGAUAAAAAAAUAUCAAGUCCAAAUAGAGUUCAAAUAAAACAAUCUAUGGAAUCUUUAAUACAUCAUUUUAAAUAUUAUUCAGAAAAUAUAACUGUAAAUAGUGGUGAAACUUUUACUGUAAUAGAAGCGCCUAAAGGUGAAUUUGGUGUAUUUUUAGUUUCUGAUGGUACUAAUAAACCUUAUCGUUGUAAAAUAAAAGCACCAGGUUUUGCACAUUUACAAGCAUUAGAUUUUAUGUGUAAAGAUCAUAUGAUUGCUGAUGUAGUAACAAUUAUAGGUACUCAAGAUAUUGUUUUUGGAGAAGUAGAUCGAUAA